CAAUACGAGCGAUCGCUGCUGUUGUUUAUAUCCGGGGAUUCGAUGGCUGGUGCCUACGAGGACGUCAGUACAUUCGAUUAAAAAUUGCUAUUUGAAUUAGCAGAUCAAAUUACUGGUUAAUAUGUAAAUAAUUUUUUUUCCAAACACCUGCUCUUUUUUGCCUACCACUGCGUCGCCGUGACAUCAUCGCGAUCGCUCGUAUGACCCUAUUGAUGCGAAUGUCGGUACCAUGUGUUGAAUUAGAGACUGUUUUCUGUUUCAUGAUAUCGUCCCUCCAAAGAGGGAGGGCGUUGGUCUGAAGUUCCAACUUUGUAUUUCUAUUCAAAAGCGUACUGUGAAAUAUUACUCGAUAAUUAUUUGAGUACAUUAAUGUAACGUCCACCAAGCGUUAUUAUAGAAAAAUGGGGCUAGCCAAAAGCAAGAAACAGGGAGAGCAAAACGCACAGUUUGACAGGGGAGACAAGUUGUUGAUGUUUCUGAUGUUGGCGGUGUUGUCGUGCACGUCACUAUUUCUCAACCUGGACUACGACGCCAGACAGGAGAGUCUUCGAAGGGCGCGUGAUCUCAGCCGUUUGGCAACCGGGCGUCUUAAAAUGACAUUCGAGCUUCUUAAAGUGCCAUCUAGUCGUCUUGACUCCGGUGAUUCCUUCUCCUGGAACAACUGGCCUGUGAACGAGACUGCCAUCAUGGAACUAAAGCAAUUGUCUAACAUGCUUGACCCCGGAAGGCUACAACAGCGAGAGAUACGAGGUACGAUACGCGAAGAUCCCUUCGUAUGUGGAACUGAGAGAGAGGAAAAGUGUCUGCUCCAGGGGUAUGACCAGAUUCGACAAUAUAACACCUGCGCCAUCUUGGGGAGCGGUGGCAUUCUCACCGGCAGCCAUUGCGGUGAUGAAAUCGACUCGCACGACUUCGUUCUCCGCUUCAACCUCGCUCCUAUGGACGGUUAUCAGAAAGACGUCGGCUCCAAAAUCACUCUGACCGUCCUGAACCUUGCAAUCAUGCACACCGUCAACAUACAGCCUAAGUUAAACCCCUUAGCCAUGACCUUGAGACUUUCGAACCGAACGAUGUUUCUUGCUCCCAAGGGCAAGAUCACGAGGCUCUUUAAGCACUUUUACCAGGCUGUUCGCACCAAUCGUGUAGUGGUCAACUUCAAGUAUUUUCCAGGAAGUAUGCACGAAGCUGGGCAGUUGACCAUUCGGGAGAAGCUUUCCGCACACGUGAACAUGACCCUGACAGGCCAGCCUACCACCGGUCUCCUGGCAGUAUUGACGUCUAUCCACUUCUGUCAUCGGAUCAACCUGUACGGCUUCUGGCCUUUCGACACGGACUCCAACAACAGACCAGUCCCUUACCACUACUACACACUACCGUACUACGAACCCAGGUUUCCCAGAGAGGAGCCGCACAAGAAGGGUGAACAUCACAACUUCGACCAGGAGUUUGCGCUGUACCAGGCCCUACAGAGUCUGGGUGUCCUGCAUAUUGUAGACAGGGCCUGCAAAACGAGCUAGAUAACUAGAAACAAGAAAGCUAAAAGUGCAGUUGGUUUUGACAGGGAGCAUAUAUCGUUAGCUCUGAUGUGUACUUAUUUUGUUGGGAAAGAAGAGUGUGCCAAACACGGUCUUUGGUAGGCUUAAAGAUAGCUGUCUACUAUUGUCCUAUACUUCAAACAGUUGCUUUAA